AUGUCAAUCUGCCUCGACAUAUUUCGCUACCUUUUCUAUUUCAAUCUCGACAUUGAAGAUGAAAUAGGUUCAAUGAAGAGUUAUGCAGUUUCAGAUGGUGGUGACUUCGUCACAUACAAUUUAUUUCUUCUAUGGAUAUUUCCACGAGCAUCAUCAAUGAUCAUGAAGCUAUGUGUAUUUUUUGGUCUCGUUGUUACUAUUCAACUUGACCUUUGGCUCACAUAUUGGUUUAGAAAGCGUUGGGACGAGUCCAUAGUACCUGGUUUACCGUGUCCUGUAGUGUUUCUGUCAACAUAUGCUUUAGUUCUUGACUUUAUUCAACAAAAUGUCGAUGUAGACUGUGUGGAGAUGUCACACACGGGCAAAACAUGCAAAAAACAAACUUCUAAAAAGGAGUUAAUCAGCGCAAUAAAGUCUUCAUCACUUUAUUUCUAA